AUGACCAGUGAUGAAAAGCUUUUCAAAGAACUUGAUAUAUCAAUUAAAUCAAGAGUCAGGAUCGGAAAUGGAGAAUACCUCCCAGCGAAAGGAAAGGGGACUGUAGCAAUUGAAAGUUACAAAGGGAAAAAGCUUCUCCUUGAAUCCAUUGAACAAGGAACACAUAGCUUUUCCAAGCCAGCUCACUGUAGCGGAAAUGUGGCACAAAAGGUUGGGUCACUUUCAUCACAAAGCUUUAUUGUUUAUGCAAAGGAGCAAAAUGAAGCUGGAAUUGAGCACCAGCUUACUGUCCCUUAUUCUCUACAACAAAAUGGAGUGAGUGAGAGAAAAAAUAGAACAAUCAUGGAGAUGUCGAGAUACUUGUUGCAUGAGAAGAAUCUACCAAAGAAGUUUUGGGCUGAAGCAGCAAACACUGUUGUUUUCUUGCUGAAUAGACUGCCUACACGGGCAGUGGAAGGAAAGACUCCAUUUAAAGCAUGGUUAAGAGAGACAAAGAAGGCAGAUUUGGGAAUCUUCAUUGGCUAUAGCUUAUUUUCUAAAGCUUAUAGGAUCUUUCAACCUCAAACAAACAAGAUUAUGGUAAGUAGAGACGUUCAAUUCCUUGAAGAUGAGCAAUGGGAAUGGAAUGAGGAGUCUCGAGUUAAAAACCAUAAUUCACAACUUGAUUAUGAUGACUUGGUGGAUGAUCAACCUAUUAGGGGAACAAGGUCACUCUCUGAUAUUUAUGAGAGAUGCAAUGUUGCUGUUUUUGAACCUGCAGGAUAUGAGGAAGCAAAAAUGGAUCAAAAUUGGACAAAUGCAAUGAAGGAGGCGCUGACCAUGAUAGAAAAGAACCAUACUUGGAAGCUCGUGGAAAGAGCCCAAGAUAGAAAAGAAGAAAUAUAUGUUGAGCAGCCAGAAGGGUUCAGCGUACCAGGACAUGAAGAUAUGGUUUAUCUGUUAAAGAAAGCUCUAUACAGACUAAAGCAAGCUCCUAGAUCUUGGUACAGCCGAAUAGAUAAUCAUUUGCUAGGCUUAGGCUUUGAAAAAAGCUUAAGUGAAUCGACUCUUUAUGUCAAGAAAAAAAAUAAUACAGGGCUGAUUGAAGAAUUCAAGGAGGAAAUGAUGAAAGUCUUUGAGAUGACUGAUCUUGGCGAGAUGACUUAUUUUCAGGGAAUGGAGAUCAAGCAAACUCAGAAUGAAGUUUUUGUUUGUCAUAAGAAAUAUAUGAAGGAGAUUCUAAAAAGAUUUAGAAUGGAAGAAUGCAAGAGUGUAGGUUGUUUCUCAUGGUGCUCAAAGAAACAGGAAAUAGUAGCACAAUCAACAGUUGAAGCAGAAUUCAUCGCAGCAGCAGCCACUGUUAAUCAAGCACUAUGGCUUAGGAAAAUUUUGAUCGAUUUGCAGCUGGAGCAAGUAGAGAGCACUGAGAUCCUUGUGGAUAAUCAAGCUGCUAUAGCCAUAUCCAAAGAUCCCGUGUUUUAUGGAAGGACCAAGCACUUCAACAUCAAGUUUUAUUUCUUGAGGGAAGUGCAGAAAAAUGGUGAAGUGGUUUUAUUCUAUUGCAAAGCAGAGAAUCAAGUGGCAGACAUUUUUACAAAGUCAUUUCAUGUUAGCAGAUUCGAAUUUCUUAGAGAAAAGUUGGGAGUUUGUAGCUCUUGA